AUCAACAAACAUUCAUAAACAAAACUUAAAAAAGAAAGUUCGUCUCCUACUUUCGGAGUUCUCGACGGUCGGCUAGGGUUUUCUCUUCUCUUGCUUCAAUCUACUUUCAAUCUACUGAUUCUCUGGUGUUUUUAAAUGGAUCCGACCAAUAUUGAUAAUGGUAUAGCAGCGAUUUCUCUGGACAACGAGGAUGAAGAUGGUUUGGUCUUUGGCGAUGAAAUUGGGGACUCAUCAAUUCAGCAGCCGGCUUACGAUUUCUGCCUCGUGGGCCGGUUCCUUACAGAGCGUCCGGUCAAUUUUGUGGCGAUGAAGAAUACGAUGGCUUCUCUGUGGCGUCCGGAGGAAGGAAUGGUGGUGAAGGAAGUGGGCGCAGAAGCCAUCGCAGUUAAGGAAGCACUUAGUUGGAUUAAAAGUAAAGGCUGGAAACAAGUCCUUGUGGAAACAGACUGUAAGGAGGUUGUCGAUUCACUUAAUAGUACUAUCAUGGACUGGUCUUACUUUAACUCUAUCAUUGAAGAUUGUAAGCGUCUCCAAAUGCUCUGUGCAGGAGACCUUAAUUUUUGUUUUACUCCUCGCUCCGGAAACGAGGCAGCGCAUUUGUUAGCGCGUAGUAGUUGCAAUGAUGAUGUUGUAGGGGAGUG